AUGGUUUAUUCCCUUUACGAUGGGACCAUCGUGAUGGCCCAAAGUGCGCUCACCUCGUUGGCACACAUCUUACAUCAGGCUGAACAACGCCCCAAUGCCGCCGACCUCCUUACCGCACGUUUGCACGAUGACAUGAAGCCGUUGACCUUCCAAGUCCAUAUUGCCACUCAGGUUACCGAGAAAAUGCUUGCUCGGUUGACCGGUCGCGAGCCUGUGGUCUACGAUGAGAAUCUUACAUCGUUCCCGGAUUUACAUGAACGCCUUCAAACCGCGAUCAAAGCGCUCGGUGAAGCCGACAAGGAUACCGUCAAUCGACGAGGUGAAGAAGUGGAAGCCACAACAUUAGCGCCGGGCACAGUUCUGCCGAUGAGCGGAGCUGCAUUUGUCAAUGCUACCGCCAUUCCCAACAUCUUCUUCCACCUCACUACUGCGUAUGCCAUCUUGCGAAAGGAAGGUGUACCGCUCGGAAAGCGUGACUAUAUCAUGAGUUUCGUCACAUCCCAACUUGCGGGAAGCCAGGAUCUAUAUGGGCCGUGCUACGUCGUCAAAUCUGUAGCAAGUUUGAUUGCGCCUGGUAUGCCUCGUAUCUCCGGCCGCCUCAAAUGCUUCAAUAUUGGAGCGACGCACGAAGCCAGCCAGGCUUCUGGCAAAAUCAGGAGCCGCGUAACGAAAUGA